UCAGACUAGGGUUUUGCACGGAACGUCAUUCUCCUUCUCUUCCUCUCUUCCAUUUCCCGGCAGCGCAAACAAAACAAGGGUUUUAUCUUUUGCAAACUCUUGGCCUCUAUUUUGAGGGUCGAUGCAUGGGUAUAGGUUUCUUGUUAGAUUGAGAGUGAUUAUUGUGGCUUUUGUUGUAUAUUGUAUGUUCUCUUGAGUCUUGAGUAAGAUCUGUAGUUAGGCCAGUAAUUUUUGAAGGUUGGGUGCUUUUGGUUGAUGUUCUUUUAAUCGUGUACUUUGAACUUUGGAUAUAUGGCAGAACAAUUGAUAUGGCACGGAACUCCAACAAAUACGUAGGUCUGUUAUGACUGAACUUUGUUAUUUUUCAACAGUCAAUCUCGCAAGUAAUUCAAACUAAUGUUAUGAAAAUCAAUUACAGCAUAUUUAUUUAAAUUUUUCUGGCAUGGUCUCUUUUGCACGAGGUCUUUAGAAAUCCAUUUACUACCUGUUAAUAUUUGGUUUCUCUAUCCUUUUUCAACGCUUGACUUUCCUAAGCUCUUUGUCAAUGCACGACUAGUAUGCACCAUUUACUACAAUUGACGUGUCUUUAUAUAUUAUAGCUCAUCUUAUCUUAUAGACUACAAAAUGCAGUUCUUAGGACUUAUUUAGCUUAAAAUAUUCAAUGAAAACAUGUAUAAGUUAGAAGCUUUUUUUAUCAUGUCAUUAAGAUCUAUCUCAUAUAAUAUACGUUUACAAGGCGUCGUAGCCAUAUCUUUCCAUGGUUUCUUAGCUUGAGUGAGACCGAUCAUUGUCAAGGAUAGCUUCUCUUUCAAGCAAACCCAAUGCACUUUAAAUACUCCAAACUAGUUUUGUUAUCAAAAUCUACUUGAAUCUUCGUAAAUAAUUUCACUAGAAUAACAUCUCAAUAUUGGAACCACACUACUAUCAUAUUUGGUUAAGCUUAAAAAAGGGGGAAAAAUAAUUUUAAAAAUCAGCCAAGGUAUCAACAAGGAAAAGAGAAACGACCAAGGCGUCAACUAGUAACGUUUUUUGCUUUUAGAUUACUAGUUUAGCCUAUUGACCAUUUUUUAUUUCCCUGGCUGAUGCUUGACCAUUUAUUAAAACAUUAUUAUUAUUAUUAUUAUUAUUUUUUUUUUUUAAUAUUUUUUUUUUACUAUUUCUUUGCUUGACCAAACAUUCUAGUAAUGCCCUUGCACUUUAGAUUGAUAUUAUAGUGAAAUAAUUUAUAGAAGUUCAAGUAGAUUUUGAUGACUAAAUUGGCUAGGAAUAUCUUUUCAAAGUUUAUUGGGUUUGCUUGAAAGAGAAAUUAUCGUUGAUAGUGAGUGAGCUCAAUCAAGUUAAGAAACUAUGGAUAGAUAUGACUAUAAUGACUCGUAAACGAUGAUUAAAUAAUGUAGAUUUUAAUGAGAUGGUAAAAAUGUUUCUAAAUCAUACAUAUUUUUUGAAAAUUAUGAGCUGAAUAAGUCCCAAUAACUGUAUGGUUUAGUUAACAAGGAUUUUAAGCAUUGACAAAGACAUAAAGAUAAGUAAUAACAAAUAUACAAAUGAGAUGGACUAUACAUAAUAGGCGAGUGGAUCAUUGACAAAGGUACACUGACCAGUCAAUGCAUUGAUAGAGGCUAAAAAAGCCAAGUGUUGAAAAAUGAUGGACACACCAGGCACUGAAUGAGCACCUUGUGCAAGAGAUCAUCUUAGAAAAAUUUGGAUGAAUAUGUUGCAAUUGAUUUUCAUAAUGUUACCUCUAUUUUUUGUGACGUAAUUUGAUGGAGACCCUUAUCAAAGCUAAAGAGGAGUUCCAUGAUCUGGUUCUUGGCUCAUUUGUGUGGAUCAGAAGGAAGAUUUUGUAGGCUUGUCCAAGUUGUAGAUACAUAAGGUGGCUGAGCCACAUGGAAUUGGUUGCAAGUCAGCAGAUAUCAUGCUUGAAGUUCCAAACUUAAAAGAGUAGAAAGAGGCUCUAUCAAUUUAUGCUAGUACAGAUUAAGAAUUCUCCAAGUGAAUGUAUAGGAGAAAUUCAGCUUCUGAAGUUCGAAAACCAGCUGAGAAUUUGUGGAGUUCCAGAAUCCCAUGAUCAAAAUACAAACCCAAAUUAUGAAUCAGAAGAAGACACCAAACUUGGGAAUAACAGUAAGCCAGGUAAAGAAGAGGGCCGAUCCACUCACAAAAUAAAAUUUGAAGAAAAAAUAGAAGCGAGUGGAUCACAUGGUUGGGAGAAUUAUGCAAAUCAAGAAAAUACUAGUAGCUCGGCAACUGGAGGGAUCCACCGAGACAAGAAUCAAGGAUGCUACUCAUACCAUAUGUAACUUUAACUUUUGUGCAAAGUCAGUUUAGUUCUUUAAGUUGAUUCAAAAGUUUAUGCAGUUCUCUAUGAAAAUGCGGUUUUAGUUCGAUGCUGCAGCAUUAUGUCAGAACUAACUUCGUGUACUAGUACAUUAGAACUGAAUUGUGAACGUGUACGAAUUAAUUUAUAGAAUUAUAGAAUACAUGAAAUUGUCUAAUGCAG